AUGUCAGUUCAAUGUGGUCUGAAGUUGGCUGGGCCUGCUCCCCAAUUUUCUGGAACAGCUGUGGUUGAUGGUCAGUUCAAGCAAAUAUCUCUUUCUGAUUACAGAGGAAAAUACGUUGUUUUGUUUUUUUACCCUCUUGAUUUUACUUUUGUUUGCCCAACGGAAAUCAUUGCUUUUUCUGAUCGUGUUAGUGAAUUCAAAGCAAUUGGUGCUGAGGUUAUUGCAUGCUCAAUUGAUAGUCAGUUCACUCAUCUAGCUUGGAUUCAGACUGAUCGUAAAAAAGGUGGACUUGGUGGACUGAACAUUCCAUUAUUGUCUGACCUUAACAGAAACAUUUCAAAAGCAUAUUGUGUUUACAAUGAAGAAUCUGGAGUAGAUUUCAGGGGACUGUUCAUUAUUGAUGGCCACCAAAAUCUCAGGCAAAUCACAGUUAAUGAUUUGCCUGUUGGUAGGUCAGUUGAUGAAACUCUUAGACUGGUGCAGGCUUUCCAAUUUGUUGAAAAACAUGGAGAAGUGUGCCCUGCCAAUUGGAAACCUGGAGCUGCUACUAUCAAGCCUGAUCCUAUGAAAAGCAAGGAAUAUUUUGAAAAAGUUUAA